AUCCCCUCUGGGGCAGUGAGGCUCUGGGAACAGGUAGGACUGGUUCUGCUGAGCUGACAGAUAUGUACAAAGUUGACGGGUUUAUGUGCUGCCCCAUAGAUACUUCUUUAUGUGAACUGAUUUUGCACAAUAGAGAAACAUUAUUACGUCGUUGGUAAGUUUUGUUCUGGUAUUUUGUUUUGUUUUAAACUUCAUGCUUCUUCCCUUAUCAGGCAGAAAUGGAAGGAAACGUUGAUGAGCCUCUUGCUUAUCUUUCAAAAGUGCAAGUAGAGAAGUGUGAGAAAUAGGUAGACUUGAAUGCUGAGAACUUGAAGGGAAAUAUAGAUGUACUCAAUGUGAAAGAACUUAAAUACUUAAACAUGGGAAGCUACUGUAGUUAGAGUAUCAAAGUCUGAUGCCAUCAAAGUACAGAUGCAUCUUUCUCUGUGAAUUUAAUACAAUGCUGUCACAUCAGUAUAUGUGCAGGUGUGUGGAUAUGAUGAGUAUGUUAUGCUAAAAACAACCAAAUGGUAUCAUGGCCACUCUCAUGCUUUCGGUGUUACUUGCAAGCUGAGGAGAAACUUCAAAUGAUAGUGGUAAGAACUUGCCUGAAAAACUAAAUAGAAAUUCACAAGAAAUCUGAUUCAGCUCAAAAAGAGUACUGGCUGGUACUGUCUUGAUUUGUACCAGUGCCUUGCAAAACUGGACUAGCCAAGUGUUAAUCAUGCAGUGUUUCUGCUGACACUGGCUUUCUUUGCAGCCAUGUGCUGCUCACAGAAAGCAGCACACUUACCCAGGCUCUGGUUGCACAAAUAGCAAACUGGGAACAAUCACAUUGCUACUGUCUUUCUCAAGAUUCCCUUUGCCACAGAUUAAUACAAGUUUCUGUGCUGAGGGCUAAUGUUUCAGUUGUACUCGUGUUCUUUUUUUGUUGCUCAUCUGUCAUCUUUAAGCCAAAUUUUAAGAUUUAUAGAAAGAGAGCUCAUUAUUGUGAUAAUGCUGCUCAGAGAAAAGCAAACAGUUGCAGCCAGACACCUCUCCCUUUCCACAUUAAAAUUGUUGUUCAGUUUGUUCUCUAGGGUUUCUUUUUGUGGUGGUUGGUAAAGGCUUUCAUCAAGCAGCUCUCUUCCUCUGAUUCUUAUUCGCAGUGAGUACAACUCACUGAAAAGCUUUUUCUGACCAAACUUCAAGUUGCUGUUUAAUUCUUUAUGCUUCAUGUCUCCAUUUCAGUAUUUUUAAUGUAAUGAGGUUUCCUGGAGUCUUGACACAGUAUCCCUAGGUUUUGUGAAUGGGAAGGUUUGUGAAAUUGUUCCCACCUGAAUCUUAAACUCAUGAUUGUUUGUCUAUUUCCAGGAUCACACGAGUCUUCCUAGUUGGCUCUGAGAUAAAACAAAACUAUUGAGCUCUCUCUACUGUGUGGGCUUCUGCUUCUUUAUUUUUGGUGGUCACAUUUAUCUGCACAGUCUGUGUCCUUCUUCUGCACAGACAGAAAAUAGAGGCGCUUUGGAUCCCUCCCAAGUUGAUGCACAGAUUCAGUGCCUAUGCAAGCAGUGUUGGGAGUAGCAAAGGUUUAAUUCCCUCUGUCAGUUCUUGUCCCUGCUACUAAGCUAUUAUAGUAUAACCUGUCAUUUUCAGAGAAGCAUUAAUCAAUGUACCGAUAGAAAGUGGAUUGAUAUUCGCCGUCCCAGCCGCAGCUUGGUCGACUGGGACAUCUUUAACUAUGUAUUGUAGCAGAGGGCUCUGGGGAACAGGCUCCUCACACAGGUCUGGCACCUUUUGGGCUCUCUGCAGGAGGGGCUUUGUGCCUUCAGGGGAGUUAGAAAAUACACCUCAGUUUAGGUAAUAGGCACACAGCAGUGUGAGGAGCAACCUGCAAGAAAGGGAAAGCCAGGUCACAUUAGUCCUUAAAAACAGAUCCCAGGAGUUUAUACAUCUGUUAUGCCUUUGAGGAUCAUUUGUGGGGGAGGAAAUGAUGGUGUUUUUUACUUUUUGCUUGACAAUUGCAGGUGGUAAAUGGCUUGAAGCAUUUAAAAAGUAGGGAUGAUUUCGAUACCUAAAAUUUUACUAAAAGACACAAAAGAGAUCUGUGGUGCAAAAUAGUUGUCAGGAUUUAGAAGAUCAGCUCUUUUGCUGCCAUAAAUUGGGAGCAGGUGGUUGAAGUCAAUAAUGCUGUGCAGUGUUGCAGGAGAUGAGGAACAAAUCCAGAGGUUUUUCAGUCUAUUAGAAAAGACUACGCGACCUAAACUUAAAAAGAACUUUUUUCCUCUCCUGUCCUGUCCUUGCUUCCUCGCCAUCAAAUGUUUAGAAUAGCAGAACUGAACUCAGAGUUGUCUUUGUGCCAAAUUUUAGGGCAUCAAUAUAGUGGAAAUCACAAUAAUAGCCAAAAUGUGUUUGUUCUUUAAAAGUUACUUUUGAAACAAGUGAGUUGAGAUUAUUUACUGUCUGCCUCCAUUAUUUUAGAGUUUUCAGGAAAACUUCCUUGCUUUGUCUUAGUGUCUGUUGUUAAAGCUGUUACUUAUUUCCACUGUUUUUUACUCUUACAAAACAAGGCAAAUUAUAAUUACUUAAUGCAUGGAAAGAAGUGUAGGUCAGCUCUUGGUGACUGCAUUCAAAUAGCUCAAGUAUUUUGUGUAGAAGUAUGGGGACCCCCUUUUCUACAAAGGUUAGUGUUAUAGGAAAGUACCUAUAAGCAGCUUUUUAAUGCUUUGAUACCUUAUGGUAUGGUAUAAAUUCUGUCUAUCCCAGAUGUCACCCUUGCAUCUCCUGGAAUAAGGGACACUCACCAGAUAUUGGAGCAAGUAGUUGCCACGUGAAGUUACAUUUGUAGGAAACUGAAGGACUUUUUUUGUCAUCAUCUGUUCUGCCCGUCCCUCUGCUGUCCUCUGACAAGAUGGUAUUUCGGAAACCACCCGAUGGUGGCUGGGGCUGGGUGAUUGUUCUCGUUUCCUUCUUCACCCAGUUCCUGUGUUACGGAUCCCCGCUGGCGGUGGGAGUCUUGUAUUUAGAGUGGCUGGAUGCCUUCGGAGAAGGGAAAGGCAAGACUGCUUGGGUUGGAUCCCUAGCAAAUGGAAUCGGAUUGCUUGCCAGUCCUGUCUGCAGUAUAUGUGUAUCAUCUUUUGGAGCAAGACCAGUAGCUAUCUUCAGUGGCUUUAUGGUGGCCGGGGGCCUCAUGAUGAGCAGUUUUGCACCUAACAUAUACUUUCUAUAUGUUUCAUAUGGGAUAGUUGUUGGUCUUGGAUGCGGCCUUUUGUACACUGCAACAGUUACCAUCACUUGCCAGUAUUUUGACAAACGCAGAGGCCUUGCACUUGGUCUGAUUUCAACAGGCUCAAGUGUUGGACACUUCAUAUAUGCACCAUUGCAAAGAGAGCUUAUUGAGCUAUAUGGACUGGAUGGUUGUCUGCUAAUAGUUGGUGCUCUGUCUCUAAAUAUAUUAGCAUGUGGCAGCCUAAUGAGACCACUGGAGUCAUCGGGUUCUCCUCCACCAGAAAAACCAUGUGUAGACAAAGUCCCAGAUCAAUAUUUUGUUUACCAUGAAAAAGAAAAGACUGUUGAAGAAAAUAUAAGCAUCCUUGAAAAGGGCUACACUGAUGAAAAAUGUGUGAACAAUGUGCCUGACUGCAAACAGGAUAGCAUUUUAAAUAAGAAUGUAUUGAGCUCAAUAAAUGUAAAUGAGAAAGACACUUAUAAAAAGAAAGUUGUAGAACAGACAAACUUCUGCAAGCAACUUGCCAAAAGGAAGUGGCAGCUCUAUUUGACCUACUGGAAGGAAACCGUGGUUCUUUUCAAAAACAAAGUAUUUUCAGCUCUCUUUGUUGCCAUCUUGCUCUUUGAUAUUGGUGGAUUUCCUCCUUCUCUGCUCAUGGAAGAUGUAGCAAGAAGUGCAAACAUUAAUGAAGAUGACUAUUAUAUACCCCUCAUUUCCAUUAUCGGCAUUAUGACUACUGUUGGCAAACUUAUUUUAGGAAUACUGGCAGAUUUCAAGUGGGUCAACACUUUAUAUCUAUAUGUAACUACCUUAUUAAUGACAGGAGUGGCCUUGUUUGCAAUUCCAUUUGCCAAAAGUUACCUUAUAUUAGCAAUGCUUUCUGGGAUUUUGGGUUUUCUGACUGGGAACUGGUCAAUAUUUCCGUAUGUAACAACGAAGACUGUGGGAAUUGAGAAACUGACUCACGCCUAUGGGAUACUGAUGUUCUUCGCUGGACUUGGAAACAGCCUCGGACCACCAAUUGUAGGUUGGUUUUACGACUGGACGCAGGAGUACGACACUGCGUUCUAUUUCAGUGGCUUUUGUGUCUUACUGGGUGGAUUUCUCCUGCUGUUGGCAGCGUUGCCCUGCUGGAAUGCCUGCACCAACCAGAGCUCAAAGCUGCCUCCAAAUACUUACUCCUACAAAGUUGCAUCUAGCGCUUAGGUGACAACUGGAAAACACUUUGCGCCUUUUUAUAUUAUAUAGCAAAGUAUUUUAGUAAUUUUCCACUUAUUUAUGAAGCCCACAAAUCCUCUUCCACUAGAAAAAUUCCAUUGUUGCUUGUUCUUGUUGUUCAGUUCCUUCUUCUUCUUUUAUUUCUUUUUUUUUUUUUAAUGUUAUUUUUAAAAACAGUCUUAUUUUGUCUACCGUGCACCGUGUUUCCAGCCUUUGUCUACUGUAAUUUCCUUUUACCCUGUAAGGGGUAUGUUCUGCUGUAUUAUCAGCUGUACUUUUUUUUAAAGGGGGGUGGUAUGGAGGGGUGAAAACUUUGAAGCAAAAAUGAAGGCCUGUUCCUUAUAGGAGAAGGUUGGCAUUUCUGUUACCUUUCUUGGGUCUCCAAGUUGCACAAUCAGGCUUUACAAAACAAAAAUCUGCCUUAUUAGAAUGUAAUACUGUGGCGAGGUGCUUUUAACAUCAUGCUUAGAUUAACUUUUUGUCUUUUUAAAGUUUCUGCAAUUUACAAUGAAGUGCCAAUUGCAGGAGGGAGAAGAGGGGAAACAAAUCAACCUUAUGUUGUGUAACUGAAGUGAACAUUUUGAUGAAAGUAAAGAUUCUUACUACCACUACAACUAAGAA